GCCCACCUCUCCAUCUGUCAAAGAGAAGGAAGGCGAAAACAAUAACAAACAUGUCGGCUGUUAACCUUCCCCCGUGCCCUCCUCAGCUGAAACAAGUCCAGCAUUACUUAAAACUCGCCAGUGAUUAUGACAAGAGAGAGCCAGUGGUGUCUUAUUGGGCCCGUCUGUAUGGCCUUCAGACAGCCCUCAAGAUUGACCGAAAGUCGCCAGAAGCCAGAGCACUUUUGACCAGCCUUAUGGAUUACUUGGAAAGCUUUAAAAGGGAGCAUUCUGAUAAUGAAUCGGUGACUAGUGAUGUUGCUGGUCAAGCCCUAGUUGAAAAUGUAGCGCAUAAGCUCUUCAUUUGGGCAGAUGGAGAGGAUAGGGCUGCAAGGUUUAACAAAAAUGUGGUUAAAGUAUUUUAUACAGCUGGUCUGAUAUUUGAUGUGUGUGAAGUUUUUGGAGAACUGACAGAGGAAGUGGCAGCUCAGAGGAAGUAUGCCAAGUGGAAAGCCACAUACAUUCAUAACUGCCUGAAGAACGGUGAAACUCCAAUUCCAGGGCCAAUGGGUGGAGAGGAUGAAGGCCUAGGAGAAGACUUGGACAAAGAAGGUGAAGGUGCAGUUGGACUGGGCUGGUCACAACCCCCACAGCCACACCCAGGCUUGCCAUCUGUUCCAAACAGUGAUCCAGCUGGUCUGCCUUCUGUGUCCUCCUCAUCACCUACUCAUGGUAUUCCAUUGGCUCCAAGUGGAUCAGAUUCUCGCUCUCAACCCCAGAAUACCCCUGCCGCUGCAGCAUUUCCUCAUCCCCCAGUGCCUCACUCAUUCCCCACUCCAGCUGCAGCUCCUGUUAUUGCCCCAGGUGUUGUACCCAGUACUGAAGGUAAUCUACCAAAACUUAGCCCAGACAUGAUAACAAAAGCACAGAAGUAUUGCCGAUGGGCGGUAUCUGCCUUAGACUAUGAAGAUUCCAAAACGGCCAUGUCAAAUCUCCAGAAGGCUGUCAAUCUACUCUCAACGGGACAAGACAGCUGAGUUUCUUCAACUAGAAAGUGUCUUUGCUCACUUCUUAGAAGCUUCAGUUACACUACCUGGGCAAACCCUUGCUGGUCUGCUUGAAAACCCAAAUACAGUACUACUGUAAUUCCAUUUUACCCAAAAGCAGAUCUUUAAAUGUCUAUGUAAGUGACAUCGGAUGUUUAAAGAUGCUUAUUGGAGGAAGGUCCUAAUAAUUGUUUUUGUGCUUUCGUUAUUGGUGCCAUGUGAAUUUCAUGAAAUAUUGUUGCGAGAUUAUAAUUGUUCACUAUAAAAUACUGUAUAUGCUUAAAUUUUUUCUAUUAGCAUCUCUGCUGAUGGUGUAAGGUUCUUUUUAGAAGGUAAAUUUGAACCCCGAAAAAUUUUUAUGUUCUUAUUCUUCUCAUGGAGGUAAAGUCAUAAUUGCUCUGACAUAAUGUUCUUUCCAGCUGUCUGACUUUAAUGAAAUCCAUCCCCAGUACACAUGCUCAUUCAAAAACAUUCAGAUAAUUAGUGUGUACAAUGUUGACAGGAAAUUUGGCUCUUUAUAUUAAGUCAUAAUUUAAAGCGUUGUGAAAUUAGUAAAGUAAGUAACACCUAAGAAAUACAGGUUAUAAAUGCAAAAUGUUUCUAACCGUCCAUGCUGAGUUGCCACGGUGAAUAUAAGCAUUCAAGCAUUAGUUCUUUACUAUAUGAUUUGUAAUCACUGAAGGUAUUUGAAAGAGGUAUGCAUGCCAUGCUUUGUGACAGAAGGAAAGCCUUACAGUUUGUGCUGGUAAUGAUUACUUGCAGGGUGAUAAGAAUAAUUUUCACAUGUAAUUUGUAUAGUCUCGGGUGAUAAGAAUAAUUUUCACAUGUAAUUUGUUAUAGUCUCUUAAUGGUGGUACGAAUAAUUUUCACAUAUAAUUUGACAUAGUGUCUGCAAUAAAUAAUUUGACACAGUGUCUACAUUAUUGCAGAAUAUUUACAUUGUUCAGUACAGUAUAAGUACACUAAUUGGUUUACCCGUGAUUUUUUUCUUUCAGUCUUCCAUUUCCUUUUUUCAACUUUCCUAUAUAUCUGUUAUUAAGAAUACAGGAUUUACAUUAUUAUAUGAAUACAUAUUGUGUCAAGUGUUGUUUCCUAUAAAUACCAAUGGUAUUAUUUUGUCAAAGGACUUAUGUUCAUGAGUCAUUUGAAACACAAGCAUCUUAAAUUUUGUUGUGAAGAUUAGCUGCAUUUUGUGCAUAAUUGUCAUACUAUGUAAAGCUUUGAGUUUAGAGUAUUAGCAUGUUGCUUUAAUAAACACGGUAAUAUGACUACAAACUGAUUUUUGUAAAACACAACUCUAAAAUAAUCAUAAGGAAA